AUGCCGUGCAUGCUGACCAUGGUACUGGUGGUGCUCGGGUUCACUCUUAGUCCAGAGACUUGUGAAAAAGUCGGUCUGCAGAUCUCCGUAUCUUUGGCUAUCUGCAUUUUCCUGACAAUAAUGAAUGAGAUGACUCCACACACUUCUGAAGCGGUGCCCUUGCUUGACAGGGAACGGGACCAGUGGUUUCAGAUGCGAUUUAUACUACUUGAGUGGGCUCCAUGGCUUCUGCGAAUGGAGUUCCCCGAAAGGAAAAAUACCAUAUCGACGAUAAAGGAAAGCUGGGCAAGUCGAAACCGAAAGCGACGGGGCACAAUCACUGCGUUCGACUUCGUGCAGACAGAUGAUGUUGGUGCAAGCAGUGUUGGAUUAGCCGUGAAGGAAAAUCUGGACAAUUUUAUUUCCCAGGUCAGUGCCUCAAUAAAGGACGACGACAGACUCUUGGAACGCAUUCGAGUGCUUCAAAAAAUCCACGAUCACGUCAAGGUGGGGAUUCUGUAUAGUGUGUAA